AUUAAUUGGGUAAAUGGAUUCGACCCUCGGAACCAGAUGAACCCCUCUAUUAUCCCGCUUAGACGCCUCUUGCCCUUCAAUUCCCAAUCUUUCUCCUUUCGCGCUGUACGUAGAAUCACCAUGGUGUCCAACCCGCGGGAUCCGAACACUUUGAGCAACUACAACAACUGGCGCUCCACUCAUAUCACCGCCAACUUUGAUAUUUGGUUUGAGCAAAAGAAAUUGGUCGGCAAUGUCGUACACACAUUCACCUCCAUUACCGAUGCUCAGUCUCGGGAGAUCAUUCUAGACACGAGUCAUCUGGACAUUGGCGAGAUCAAGGUGGAUGGUAUCCCUUCCAAAUGGGAACUACUCCCCACGCUGGAUCCCCUUGGCACCCCGCUCAAGAUUAGUCUAAACCAAGCUGUCAAAUUGAAUGACACCGUCGAAGUCGAUAUCGCCGUGAAAACUACGGAGAAAUGUACCGCCCUCCAGUGGUUGACCCCGGCACAGACAUCCAACAAAAAACACCCGUAUAUGUUUUCGCAAUGUCAGGCUAUCCAUGCCCGGUCUAUUUUCCCGUGCCAAGACACCCCAGAUGUCAAGAGCACCUUGGACUUUAAUAUCACUUCGCCGCUUCCUGUCAUGACUAGCGGCUUGCCAAUUGGUGAGGGUGAGGCCUUGCCAUCGGGCCCCAAGCGGUACCGAUUCCACCAGUCGGUUCCAAUUCCUAGCUAUCUCUUUGCGAUCGCCAGUGGAGAUGUCGCCCAGGCUCCGAUCGGCCCCCGAAGUGUGGUGGCUACCAGCCCGGACAAGCUGGAUGAGUGUAAAUGGGAAUUGGAAAACGACACCGAGAACUUUAUCAACACAAUCGAGAAAAUUGUGUAUCCUUAUGUCUGGGGCCAGUACAAUGUUCUGAUCCUGCCCCCAAGUUUCCCCUAUGGUGGUAUGGAGAACCCCAUCUUCACCUUUGCCACCCCAAGUAUCAUCUCAAAAGACCGGGAAAACAUUGAUGUGAUUGCGCACGAAUUGGCUCACAGUUGGAGUGGAAAUUUGGUCACCAAUGCCUCUUGGGAACACUUUUGGCUCAACGAGGGUUGGACCGUCUAUUUGGAGCGACGUAUUCUGGCUGCAAUUCAUGGCGAGGCGUACCGCCAUUUCUCUGCCAUCAUCGGUUGGAAGGCCCUUUCAGAUUCCGUGGAACACUUUGGACAUGACCAUGAGUUCACCAAGUUGAUCACUGAUCUGAAGGGCAAAGACCCCGAUGACGCUUUCUCCAGCAUCCCCUAUGAGAAGGGCUUCAACUUCUUGUUCUACCUCGAGAACCUUGUGGGCAAGCCGAAGUUUGACAAGUUCAUUCCUCACGCAAGUUCCUAUCCUUACUUCACCACCUUCAAGUGCAAGUCUCUUGACUCAUACGAGUUCAAAGCCAAUAUUCUGGAAUUCUUCCAGUCUGACGCUGAAGCAUCCAAGCUACUGGACGAGCUGGACUGGGACAAGUGGUUCUACGCUCCUGGCUUGCCUCCCAAGCCGCAAUUCGAUACAUCAUUGGUUGAUGUUGUAUAUGAGCUUGCUAAGAAAUGGCAGACUCUCCCUGACUCGGCGUUCAAGCCACAGGCGAGCGAUCUUGAAGGUCUGACAGCAAAUCAGGUUGUUGUCUUCCUUGAGCAGAUCCUUCGUUGGGGGCAGCCUCUGCGUCCAGAGCUCUCGAAGCUAAUGGGGGAAGUCUAUGGGUUAGCUAAAAGUGAUAACAUUGAGGUGUCCAACUUGUACCUUCAGGUGGGCAUGAAGGCUGGCGAUGAAAGUGUCAUCAAGCACACGACUGAAUUGCUGGGCCGAAUUGGAAGAAUGAAGUUUGUGCGACCUUUGUACCGCAAUCUGCAGAAGGUUAACCGCCCGGUUGCUCUCGCAACAUUCGAGAAGUAUAAGGACUUCUAUCAUCCCAUCUGCCGCGCUAUGGUUGAGAAAGACCUGCUUGGCAAGAAGGAGAACUAG